AUGUCAUCUGUCGCCCCAGUAAAUUCCGAACUUCCCACCCUACAUCAUCUCAAUAACUCUGUAUCACAACGCAUAUUAUGGCUCCUUGAGGAACUAUCGAUCGAAUAUAAUCUCAAAUUGUAUUCGCGCGACCCAGUAACUCUACGUGCUCCGCCCUCCCUCGCAACUGUAUCGCCUCUCGGAAAAUCACCUGUGCUAGUCACUAGCGACAAAGGAACCUUGACUGAGAGUAGCGCCAUAGCUGCCUAUCUGUUAUCUACAUUUGAUAGUAAGGAUUUGUUUGAACGGACCAACUGGCUGCGAGAUGAAAUGUUGACAUCUUUUGCUGGCACUACCAUGGGACCUCUGCUGUUAAUAGAGAUAUUAACCGACAUAGCGGAAAGUAAAGCCUGGUGGCCAAUCAGCUUACCUGUGCGUUGGGUGCGACAAGCUAUUCAUAAAAAUAUAUCGGGUCCAGAAUUACGUAAAGGUUUGGUCUGGUUAGAGUUAGAAUUAGGGUCAGAGGAAUGGUUUGGAGGGAAAAAAUUAUCAAGGGCUGAUAUAAUGAUUAUUUGGCCGCUUGAUCUCAUAAGCCAAAAGGGAUGGAUUGAUAUUCGAAAGGAUUUCCCAAAAUUGGCUGCUUGGAGAGAGAGAGUGAUGGAGAGGUCAGCGUGGAAGAGAGCUAUUGCAAAAGGAAAUGGUUAUGAUCUGGCCAAAUGGUAA